AACUCUACAACCCAAGAUGUGAUGCUACGUCAACAGCGUCUUCGACAGAGCGCUGUAAGCCUCUGCAGAAGAGCUCUGAGCGAACAUGUGAUCCUUCAUCAGAAGGCGACUCCCUAUCGCCUGUUCCACGAAACCACGCGAUGUCAAGAUACUAUUGGGAUCAAGGCCAACAUAGUCCGCAAACCUGGAACCGAAGCUCAGCAAAACACUGUGGCAUCUUCCAAAAUGCUGCAGGACUACAACUCGCCAUUCGAUGCAACCGUCGUGGAGCUCUUGAAAGCAGCUGGCCACCUCGAUCAUGAUGUCGACAUUCAAGGCAGCAUGGAUGAGUUCGGCAUGGGGUCGCAUUCGCAGUAUGCGCAUGAGGGUCCGGUGAAGAGUCUGUACAGUCGCGGUGGUAUUCCGUUGUCUCCUGGAGGGAGUAGCGGCGGCAGUGCGGUGGCCGUUGCGAAGGGUGCUUGCGAGGUUGCACUGGGAACAGAUACUGGAGGGUCUGUGAGAUUGCCAGCUGCUUAUACGGGUGUCCUGGGCUUCAAGCCAUCGUACGGCCGCAUAUCGAGAUGGGGCGUGAUUCAAUAUGCCAACUCGCUGGAUACUGUUGGCAUUCUCGGGCGGCGUGUAGAGAAGCUGGAGAAGACAUUCUCUAUCCUGGACAAGUACGAUGCGAGAGAUCAGACGUCUUUAUCCGAGUCCCUUCGCCAACGAAUACAAUCGAAAUCAUCUCGCAAAACCGAACGGCUGAGGAUUGGCAUUCCGAUCGAGUACAACAUCAAAGAGCUCAGUCCAAUAGUCAAAAAGACCUAUCUCGACACGCUCCGAAUGCUGCGAAAUGCAGGACACUCUCUCCACGCGGUCUCACUACCCAGUACGCAAUCGGCUCUCUCAGCUUACUACGUCCUUGCCCCAGCCGAAGCUUCUUCGAACCUAGCCAAAUACGAUGGCAUACGCUAUGGACACCGUACUGGCACCACCGACGCGAGUCCUCACAACAAUCCUCCACUCCCAUUGUACGCGAAAACAAGAGGCGAGGGCUUCGGAGAAGAAGUAAAGAGACGAAUCCUACUAGGUGCUUACACGCUAAGCUCAGAGGCUAUGGACAAUUACUUCAUACAAGCACAACGCGUGAGGAGACUUGUACAACAGGACUUCGAUCGUGUCUUCGCGCUGCAGAAUCCAUUGCUAGACCCCACGGGCAAGAGUCUUCGCGAAGAGGAGAAUACGGUGGAUCUGCUCCUUACACCUACGGCUCCUACCCUGCCGCCGACAAUCGAAGAACUAGCAAAGCAAUCGCCGCUCGAAAGCUACAUGAACGAUGUAUUCACGGUUCCGGCUUCACUUGCUGGAUUGCCUGCCAUAAGUGUACCAGUUCCAGUGCCCGAGGCAGAAAGAGCGAAGCGGGAAGACACAGAUAUCAAAACUGCUGGAAUGCAGCUCAUUGGGCAAUUCGGAGACGACGAACUGGUGCUCAGAGCAGCGAAGCAGCUUCAUCACGAGUUGCUAUAAUCGUUCGCCGAACCGGCUGAGAGCUGGAGCAUAUAUGCUCAAUUCCUCGUUGAAAGACGAAUUCGUCGCUGGCACAGCCAAUGAUUUUAAUUCCAUUCUAUUGCCAAAUCCUAUGGAAGCCUCGUGUGGGCAUUGUCUCAUCUAU